UUCUUAAUCUGUGAUUCUGUGACAGUAAGGUCUCCAAUUUUGAAGUGUAUUGUUUAUUUUCAAAUGGUCGUACCAUUAUUUUACACGAAAUAUUAUGUUUGCACAUUGAAGAAGUUAUAUGUCUAUUGAAUGUCGGAGGAAGAUAAACACAAGUUAAACAAAAAAUAAAAAAUAAAUAAACAACCUAAAAAUGGCAACUGGCACUUUAAAUCAAUACAUACAAUACGUCGAGCGUAUGUUUAGGACAGCCAAUGGAAAUAAUUUAGCUCGCCUUUUAUCUUUGAGAGAUGAACAUAUCACAAAUAGAAAUCUACGGUCCAGUGAUAUAGCAGUAAUUGUUGACGGUAAUUGUGUAGCGCCUCUCGACGAAAUCAUAAUCUGCCACCUAUUAUGUGUACAGGCGCUCUUUGCACAUGAUUAUAUGGAAGCAUACAGCCACCAGAGUCAGUGUGUUGCUGCCGUAGUCAAGUUACUGCAUGCUCAGAAAGAAGAGAAUUGGACUUUACCCCUUAUGUAUACCGUCUGUUUAGAUUUAAGACUAGUUGCACAAAAAGCGGAGAUCUGUGAUCCUCAAAGCAAUGGCAAGAUUCUAGAAAAAGCUGCAGAAAGUUUGCUAGCAUGUUUCCGAGUAUGUGCAGCUGACAAUAGAACCUCAGAUGAAGAUACAAAGCGAUUAGGAAUGUUGAACCUUGUGAAUCAGUUACUUAAAGUUUAUUUUCGAAUAAAUAAAUUGCAUUUGUGUAAACCUCUCAUAAGGGCUAUAGACUCCUCACCAUUCAAGGACCAAUUUCCAUUAGCUCAACAGAUUACUUAUAGGUAUUUCGUAGGACGGAAAGCUAUGUUCGACUCCGAUUACAGAUCAGCAGAUGAAUAUUUAUCAUUUGCAUUUCAAAGAUGUCAUUACCAAAGCAUUAAAAAUAAAAGGCUCAUUUUGACAUAUCUGAUACCAGUUAAAAUGUUAUUAGGAUUUAUGCCAGCCAAAGAUUUAUUACAAAAAUAUGAUCUGUUACAGUUCUGGGACUUAGUCUCGGCUGUAAAAAACGGAGAUCUACGUGGUAUUGAUCAUGUCAUGGAAAAACACGAGAUGUUCUUUAUAAAAGCAGGCAUUUACUUGAUUGUGGAGAAGUUAAAAAUCACUGCAUACAGAAAUUUGUUCCGGAAAGUUUAUUUAGCUGAAAAUACUCACCAAAUUGAUAUUGCGAGUUUUCAAGCCGCACUACAGAUUAUGGGCCAAGUGGAUGUGGAUUCUGAAGAAACACAGUGUAUUGUUGCUAAUUUAAUUUACGAUGGAAAAAUAAAGGGUUACAUUUCGUAUCAACACAAGAAGGUUGUUGUCAGCAAACAGAAUGCAUUUCCACCAUUAUCAAGUUUAUAUUAAGUAAUUAAUGUGAAUAAAUUUUUAUACAUUC